CCCAUCUUUCGGUUCUGGUCAUUUGAUUUUAACAGUUUUGUCACUUUUUUCUUUGUUUUGUUGACCACUCACUUCCUUUCCUACAUAGGAAGCUGCAACAUACAUACAUAGUACAAACUCACCUCCAAGUUCCAUGCUUUUGUGCUCUGCACAGGGGCAAGAGGAGGUAGACAAAAAAAGCUAUAAUUUUUAAAGGGAUCACAACCCUCACUUCUGCCAAACCAAACCCACUUUUUCUGUCUUCUACCCACGAUUGUGCUGAGAGCUUAACACGAAAAUGGGUGGUGGAAAUCAAGAGGCUCUCAAGCAGUUGCAGUCCCUGAUGGAAAAUGUGGAUGAGCAGCUGAAGAACACAUUUCAGAACAUGCACCAAGGUUAUCCAGCUGAAACAUUAAUACGGUUUCUCAAAGCAAGGGAUUGGAAUGUUUCCAAAGCUCAUAAAAUGUUAAGUGAUUGUUUGAACUGGAGAGUGGAAAAUGAGAUUGACAAAGUUUUAACGAAGCCUAUUCCUGCGGAUUUGUAUAGAGCCAUACGGGAUUCUCAGCUCAUAGGAAUGUCUGGUUACUCUAAGGAGGGUCUACCGGUCAUUGGUGUUGGUGUUGGGCUCAGUACAUAUGAUAAAGCUUCUGACAAAUACUAUAUACAAUCACACAUUCAAAUCAAUGAAUACAGGGAUCGAGUGAUCUUGCCAACAGCUUCAAGGAAGCAUGAACGGUACCUUGGCACCUGUGUGAAAGUCUUGGAUAUGACUGGUUUAAAGUUUUCAGCAUUGAACCAAUUGAGGUUGUUGACUGCUAUAUCCACAAUAGAUGACUUGAACUACCCGGAAAAGACAGACACAUACUAUAUUGUUAAUGCACCAUAUGUAUUCUCUGCAUGUUGGAAGGUUGUAAAGCCUCUUUUGCAAGAAAGAACAAGGAGGAAAAUCCAGGUGCUUCAAGGUAGCGGGAAGGAGGAAUUACUGAAGGUAAUGGACUAUGCAUCCCUCCCACAUUUCUGCAGAAAAGAAGAUUCCAAGUCAUCCAAACAUAAUGCAUCAGGAAACAUUGAAAAUUGUUUCUCCUUCAAUCAUGUUUUCCACCAACAACUCUACAAUCACAUCAAGCAUCAAGCUAUCAUUAGGGAGUCAAUCUCACCUCCAAUUAGACAAGGGUCCUUCUAUGUGGACAUUCCAGAGCCAGACCCGGAUGAUGCCAAAAUAGCCAAAACCAUAGAAACUGAGUUCCACAAAUUGGAGAAUCAGAAAAAUGGCUUCACCAACUCUCGAAAUGGUGUUACAGUCAAUGGCCAUCGAAAUACAAGCUACUAAAACUGGCAAGUUGGUGUUUUUGGCCUCUCCUGAGCCAUUUUCAAUUCAUGAUUGCUUUAUGGUCACUUUUGGAUGAGGGUUAUACUUGUUCUUUAUGAGGUUAUACUU